CAUAUAUUUAUGCAUUUCAUUUUCACAUCCCUGACUGAACUCAUACAUAUUUUUCUCUCUUUUUCGAUAAUGGACUCCUCUAGCCCCGCCAAGGUUCAACAUGUGAACAAGAAGUCCUCCGAUGAACUGCUCAGAAAGUUUGCCGAACUGGAUUCGGAUUCCGCUGAAGAGGCACCGGGAAGGAAAGAGUUGAGGGUGUCAAAGCCCCGGAAAAGGAGCAGGAGAACGAGAAUGAGAGAAGGUGAUCAGUGUGAGAGCCCAUCAAAUGGUAGUACGAGCUUACUAGAGAGGAGGUCGCUUCUUCCUCUGGCAGUGAAAAGGAGGUCAGCAUUGCUUCGGCAACUUGGGAUUGGGAGGUCAUCCUUCAGGGCAAGGGAUAACAAAUCCAUCUUGGGGAGAAUUGAGAAGACAUGGCAUAAAACCGUAGAAGGGGCCUCAAAAGUUUUUAUGGAGAAGCAUUACCACCGGCAUAAGCGUUUGAUAAAUGACAUUGUUUAGAUUGAGCUUGAGCUCUCUCUUACUUGGGAUUUUAAAGCUUUUCGAUGUGCCAUUACUGCCUUUAGAUGGGAAGGGGAAAUGCUAGUACGCCAUUUGUACAUUGGCAUUAAAUUUCAUAUCUUGUAUUUGUAAGUAUAUUAGUAUUCAUUUCACCAAACCAAUAAGGAAUAAAUCAAGACGAUUCAGUUCUCACCCGCUCUCUCUCUCUAAC